GGCAGAGCGAAUAAUUGGAGGCCAUGAAGCCCAACCAAACAGCUGGAAGUGGCAGGUGUCACUUCAGAUUUCCUACCCCGAGGACAUGGGAUACUACGGCCACAUUUGUGGUGGAACCCUUAUCAGCAGCAAAUGGGUCAUGACUGCAGCCCACUGUGUCAGCAUGCCCCCAGAUGUAUCCUACCGGGUGGCUCUGGGCGAGCACAACCUCAUGCAGGUGGAUGGCACUGAGUACUACAUUGAUGUGGAUGCAAUCUUCACUCAUGAGGGCUGGAAUCCCAAUGCCAUUGCCAACGGCUACGACAUUGCCCUCCUGCGCCUCAGAUCUCAUGCCUAUGACAAUGGAUUCGUUCAGAUUGGAACACUUCCGCCUAAUGGACAAAUUUUGCCCAAUGACUAUCCCUGCUAUAUUACCGGCUGGGGAGUGAUCAGUGUGAAUGGUGACAGCCCAGACAGGCUGCAGGAGGUGGUGGUGCCCGUGGUGGACCACGAGAUCUGCUCCCAGCCAGACUGGUGGGGAUCCCAGGCAAAGGAGACCAUGAUCUGUGCAGGUGGAGACGGCGUGAGGGCAGGAUGCAGCGGGGACUCUGGUGGCCCUCUCAACUGCUACAGGGAUGGCCGCUGGGAAAUCCACGGGAUUGCCAGUUUUGGGUUAGUUCCCUACUGUAACACCUACCAUAAGCCCACCGUCUACACACGUGUGUCAGCCUACUUGGACUGGAUCCGGAACACUAUAGAGAAAAAUGGAGAUAACUAGAGAAGGAUCGCCUGGUGCAUGAAUAUAUGAGAGAAAAUGGAGUAUCUGUGCUCAUUAACCCUUCUCUCAUCCCUUCUGCACCUCUCUGGGCUAUUAACAGCAAGAUUUGGC